AUGUGACCCGGAAUUAUCCCCGCUUUACGGAACUCCUCCUUCCGGGCAGCCAUUCAUCAUCCUUUCACUCUUCGAUCUUAUUUCCGUCAAACAACAUUCGUCAUUAAUCGGUUUACCCAACCGCUAUCCGCUAAAAUGGAAAUCCCCCAAGCCAAUGACGAUAUAUCACCAGCAUUUCAUCCCCUCGCGGUCGGGGAACCAGAUGAGCAGUCCCAACCGCCCCAGGAAGUCUCCGCCGUGCUAUCUUUGCUUUCCGAUGCUGGGAUACAUCAUUGCUUCAUCCAACAAUAUGCACAAAUAUAUUACGGAUCCUCGAUCGUUCAGCAUGACCGAGUUCUAUGCAUCCAAGAUGAACAAUUCGAACAAGCGGUAGAAACAUUAACCUCGCACAGCGACAUUCUCAGCCCAUGUGGCCCGAAUCCUCUCCGAUCACCAUCGCAACUAAACCACAAAUAUCCUCGGUUCAAGGCCAUCGGAUGGGCGACUUUCUGGCUCCUCGUACCGGGAGAGUACUGCCACCUCGACGUUAAGCCAGAAAACAUAGAAUUCAGUAAAGGCGGCCUCCCAUACCCCAAGCUCGCAGUAUAUGUGCAAAGUGCGAUCGACUCGAGGGAUGACGGGUUAUUGCAAGAAUUGAUUGACGGGAUGGAUCUCACCGAGGAAUGGGGCGAAGAAGCACUCGAUCUCGGCGGACAGACGGAUACUAAAUGGCUAGAAGAUCGCUUCCAGGCUUUUGUAGGCGACGGGGUGGACCCGAUGUUCAUAUGGAUAGACACCACCCCCGUUUCUCGAAGGAAGAUCUGGACGGAAAUGGUGCGGAACAAGCAGAAGCGUCUGGGAUGGAAGUAUCCCCCGGAGAUAUAUGCCACUCGGUAUCGAAAACAUGGAGCCAAGGAUCCACGGAGUGUUUAUAGACCUGGAGUGUAACGAUAACGAUACCAACUGUUUCCAAAUUACAAU